CGACCAGGGUCUUUCUUUCCUCCCUAAUAAAACCAUCCCUCCUCCCAUCUCACCAUCUAAUCUGCCCCUCCUGUUUUCUUUCUCUGGCCUCUUUUUCUCCGCUUCGCUUCUUGGCUUGCAUACACCUACCUCUCUACCCACCCACCUACGUCCCCUUAAUACACACAACGGAGCACCAAAACAUCCUUAUCGUCGUUCCCAUUAUCAGUAUGUCAGGUUCCUACAAUAACAACAACUACUAUCCUCCCUACGGGGGCGCUCCCCCGCAGUCCGGCUCCGGCCAGGACUACUACGGUGGAGGCCACCCUCAGCCCGGAUACGGUGCUCCCCCGGCCCAUGAUCCGUACGGACAUCACCAACAACAAGGAGGUCACUAUCCGCCUUCGCCCUACGACCAGCACUCCAACCCCCAGUACUCGGGAGCGCCCCCGCCUCAGUACUCCUACGGCGGACCUCCUGCUCAGCACCAGGGCGGCUACCCCGGACAGGGCUAUCCCCAGGAUCGCGGCGCCAGCCACUCGCCGUACCCCCCCGCCGAUCAUCAGGCCGGCGCCGCCUCGUACUAUGGUGGCCAUCCGCAGCAGGGCGGUGGGCACAUGGGCCCAGGGCCCGUCGGACCCGAGGGCGAGAGGGGUCUAGGCUCUACCAUCAUGGGUGCUGCCGGUGGUGGCUUCGUCGGUCACAAGCUGGGAGGUGGCAUGCUGGGUACGGCUGGGGGAGCCUUGGCGGGUGCCGUGGGGAUGAACGCGGCUACGAAGCACCACAAGAAGCAUAAGAAGCACAAGAAGGAAAAGAAGCACAAGAAGCACAAGAAGAGCGGGUCCAGCUCUAGCUCUAGCUCCAGCUCCAGCGAUAGUGACUAGUUUCGUACCUGGCUUGGUGGAACGCCAGAGUGAAGACGCUGCGAACCCUCUUCAGAAUAACUCCUCACUGCUAGCUUUGGUAUCCCCAUUUUCAAACAAAGACAUUUUCCGUGGUAGC